GCUAUUAACCGCAAAGAAUAAAACAAAAACAGCCAUCUUACUCAAACUGUCAAAACAUAUUUCCCACAAAAAUCCAAAUUAUUAUUAUCUUGCAAAAAAAUCUUAGCAAAUGUUGGAAACAGGUUUUAUUAGAACAAUAUUGAAUCAUCAAUAAAAACAAUCAAUUUAGGGUUUUUAUCGAAAGAUUUGGGGAAAAAAUUGUUCUGAUAAUCUUGAUUCCAACAAAAUGCUUAGUCCUAAUAUCAUAAAAACCUUAAGCUUCACUGCUUCUAGAGAUUGGUGGUACCGAAUACGAUUUUCGAUCGCCGGUCUUCAAUCAGUCUCGUCGGAUCUGGGCGAUGGAACAACCAUGCAUUGUUGGAUUCCAAAGGUGCACCAGCAAACUAAACCUAACCUAAUUUUGGUGCAUGGUUUUGGAGCCAAUGCUAUGUGGCAAUAUUGUGAUAUUCUUGAUCAAUUUAUUCCCAAAUACAAUGUAUAUGUGCCAGAUCUCUUAUUCUUUGGAAGGUCUUACACCACUCUAAACGAAAGAACAGAAACAUUCCAAGCAAAGUGCUUGAUGAAGCUAAUGAACAUUCAUGGAGUCCACAAAUUGAGCUUUGUAGGAAUAAGCUAUGGCGGGUUUGUAUGCUACAGCAUGGCUGUUCAGUUUCCGGAGGCAGUGGAGAAGGCGGUGUUCUGUUGUACAGGUGUAUGCCUCGAAGAGAAGGAUUUACAGGAAGGUUUGUUUAAGGUCAGGGACUUGGAGGAAGCAGGCAAGAUCUUAAUGCCUCAAACUCCUGAUAUGUUGAGGGAAUUGAUGAAGCUUUCCUUUGUUAAACCUCCCAAGGCUGUUCCUGAUUGGAUUUUGACCGAUUUCAUAAAUAUUAUGUGCAAAAAAUAUGUGAAGGAGAAGAGAGAAUUGAUUGAAGAAAUACUCAAAAAUCGGCAACUGUCAACUUUACCAAAGAUCUCUCACCGCACGAUGAUUAUAUGGGGAGAGCAAGAUCAAAUAUUCCCAAUAGAAUUGGGUUAUCGAUUGCAACGGCACGUGGGGAGUAAUGCUCAGUUAGUGGUGAUCAAGAAUGCAGGACAUGCUGUAAACUUAGAAAAAUCAAGGGAGUUUGUAAAGCAUUUGAAAGUUUUUCUGAUUGAUCCUCCUCCUAAACCUCUUGCUAAGGAUCCUACUACUAUUGAAUGGUGGAAUUAAACACAUAUUUUAAUUCAAUUAAUAAUGUAUUUUGUACCUGAUUUCACUUUCAAUGCCAUCAUUUUCUCGAGACAAGUAAAAA